AGGAGACAAAGAGAGAUUCUGCUCAACCGAACCACGGACUUGCCCUGGCAAGACGCUCCUGCGACGUGGUGGCGAUCCUUGUCUGUGUUUCUAAGUUUUAGAGUGGGGUUUGGGAGGGAGUGGGUGGCAAAAGGGGAGAGUGGAGAGGGCAGAACGGGCCUGGGCGGCCCUGGGCCUGUACCAUGCAGAAAGACACUGAUCAUGGUGCCCAGACACCGACACCGAGUGCCUCAGAGCAGGCACACUGGACUGACUGCUUGUGGACCUUCUGCCAAGGCUGUGGGUCCCAUGAACAAAGCGAAGACGAAUAUCCUCCACACGUCAUCCAGUUGGCACCUUUGGAAAAGGUCCAAAGGGCGCCCAAAAAGUCUACGGUAAAGCACUUCACCACCUCCCGUGGACACAACGUGGAUGAACAUGACAGGAAGAGAAGGUCCCAUGAACAAAGCAAAGACGAAUAUCCUCCAUAUGUCAUCCAGUUGGAACCUUUGGAAAAGGUCCAAAGGGCGCCCAAAAAGUCUACGGUAAAGCGCUUCACCACCUCCCGUGGACACAAUGUGAAUGAACAUGACAGGAGGAGAAGCAAAGGAACAUCUGCCAAAGAGCCAGAACAGAGAAACAAAGAGCAUGUGAGACUCAACAGAGAAGUGCACCACAGUACUGAUCCAAAGUCUUUCUUCAGUGAAGAAAGACAUCCAGGAGAGCUACAAUUGAUACCUGAAAAGCCUGUCCAGAUCAGUACAGUGAAUGCAGGAACUGAACAGAAGACUCCAAUCAGCAAAGGAACAUCUGCCAAUGAUCCAGAACAGAGAAACAAAAAGCAUGUGAGAUUCAACACAGAAGUGCAACACAGUACUGAUCCAAAGCCUUUCUGCAAUGAAGAAAGACAUCCAGGAGAGCUACAAUCGAUACUUAAAAAGCCUGUCCAGAUCAGUACAGUGAAUGCAGGAACUGAACAGAAGACUCCAAUCAGCAAAGGAACAUCUGCCAAAGAGCCAGAACAGAGAAACAAAAAGCUUGUGAGAGUCAACACAGAAGUGCAACACAGUACUGAUCCAAAGCCUUUCUGCAAUGAAGAAAGACAUCCAGGAGAGCUACAAUCGAUACUUAAAAAGCCUGUCCAGAUCAGUACAGUGAAUGCAGGAACUGAACAGAAGACUCCAGUCAGGUAAGAGUUUAUGGGUUUUAAAAUACACUGUAUAUCUGGAGAUAUCAAAUUUGGAAAUCACACUGUUUUCCUCUGUGUAAGUCAAUUUCACCAUCUUUAUUCUUCCUUUAUUCACAAGCUGAAUAAUUAUUUGUAGAGCACACAAUCUUGCAAUUACUGAUUACACCUGAUGCAGUGUGAAAUACUGUUAAGAAUCCAUGGCUAGAGAGAUGGUUCAGUAAAGAAAGUGCUUGCCAUGCGUGUGUCAGACUGGGAGUUUGGAUGCCCAGAAGUCACAUGAGGCCUGAUGGUCUCAUGUGCAUCUGUAAUCUUGAGGAACUUAGAGUGAGUUGGAAGGGAGACAGAGAAUCCCCCAAAUUUGACUCAAUAAUUAUUUGGGGGUGUGCAUUCAUGGACAAGACACAGCAACAAAAAAAAGGUUGAAGGUGAAGGUUGACCUUCCCCGCAGUUUGUACUCUAAUUGCCAAACUAUGCACCCUGGCAUGCAUGUAUGUACCUGAAAUCACAUAUGCAUGCAAGUGCACUGCCCAUAACAUGCUAUGCACAUGUAUUUAAAGUAUCAGCUUCAGGUCAUU